UUAAGGCCAACUGUGUGGUGGCAGUCCCAUCCCCGCUACCGACCACAUCUCCUUUGCCUCGAUCCCCUGGACUUGAUUGAAGCCUCAUACAUGCGCUUUACAAUACCAGCUCCACGAUUGCGAAAACCUCGCUCCUUCGUUGAAGUGGGGGAGGGUUGUUGUUGUUAGUUGAUGUUGUUGUUGUUGAGUAGCUUGCUGGUAGGGUUGAGCUGAAUGCAAGUUCUUCGUCGUACCUGGGAUUGAAGUUGGGGUUGUGAGGUGACAGUGUUGGCUGACAGGUGGGUUUCCAUGUCGUUGCCUUGUGUUCGUUUAGCUUUGUAGCUGGAGAGUCUGGAGGUGUCACAUGUGUUGAGAGUUGCACACAUGGGUGAUCGUGUAGUUGAGUGUCCAUCGAGGAACGUGCCGAGCGCAUCGCUUCUUUAUGUUUGGUUGCGUUGUACAAGAAUAUAGCGUCAUACCAAGACAUUCAUUUACGUGAAGGUUUUCAAUCUGGUGGCAACACUAUUGACCAACCAAUGCUAUUUGCACCUGUCUUUCAUGCAUCCCAAAGUAGUGACGAGUCGUAGCUACAAUGUUUAAAGCACCCACAGUAGCCUCGGUCCCGGAGCCUGCUGUCUUAAUUCCCCUGACGAAAAAUGCUCACCCAGCUGAGCAAUUUCGGAGUUUGAAUUGUGUCGGAACGCGAAGAGGAGGAGCUAGAUUCGGAAUUGGAAUAGGCACCAGGAGGUGGACAAGAUUGGUGGUUCCGCGAGCUUCCUCAAUGGCAGCAAUUGCACCAUCACCCAAGACCACGGAGGAUUGCACAUGUGGAUUGUCCAGAGAAUGUGCUGUGGUAUUACGAACAACGAAAGGAUGCGGACUGGGUAUAUCCGUGUAUCCAGAUUUUGUGUACAAUGCUGAGGGAGGUGGUGGAAGUGGAAAGGCUGUGAAAUUGUCGGAUGGUUGCUGGCGUGUGCAGUUCGAUGCAACGGAAAUCAAUAUUCCAGACGUUAGCUUCCGCACAACGAAACUAUUGAGCGUUCCGAUUCCUCCACCCAUUAGGAUCAAAAUCGUUCCAGAUACUUUAGAAGGCACCGUGGAUCUUGAAACUGGCAAGAUAGUUUUAAGAUUCCAAUCAAAGUUCUACUUCUCAGCUACGGACCUCUAUCGGCCGCCACCAUUAGUUGUGGACACAGUUUUAACAACAGAGGACACACACGGUGAACAAAGAGGAGGGACUGGAAGCCGGCUGGAUGCUCACGGCAACUGUCGCCUAGUUGGGGUUGCUCGUCUGGUACCCAUAGGCGACCUCUUCAUGGACAAGUUCCUGAUGCUGCCAGCAGAUUGCUAUGCCAGCAUGAACGCCAACUUCACCUUCAACAUCGCCUCAUAGCACGGUACAUCCUGACGUGAGCUGUUGAAUUCAACCGCGCUGGCCUGACCCAACUGCUUAAGUUAAGCGAUAUCCAGGUCCAACUGACGUUACAAUUUUGUCCAUCAAUACAUGUGAGUGAACAAGUGCACGAUGGACUCUCUCAAGCCUUGGCAAAAAGGUGUUAGAGCCAGCCUGAUAUGUCUGUGUAUAUUGCUUUUCCACAUGUGAAGGCUUUUUCCAGUCGAAGUUACGAACAGAAUUGAUAUAAGAAGCCCACCUUGCUUGUGCAAGCUGCUUAUUUUAUUUUUUACUUUUUAUUUUUGUUUCAAAUUUAAUUUACUUA